UCGAUAUGAUAAUCAGUAGUUAUCUUGAUCUUGAUCAUUGAAGUGUAAAAUAAUUCCUACCAAAAAAUUUUCAAAAUGAAAUCGUUCAUCGUAUUCGUUGCAAUCGUUGCUGCUGCCUUAGCUGCUCCCGUUGAUGACUCGAAAGAUGCAGUUAUUUUGAAAUACGAAAAUGACAACAUCGGCGUUGAUGGAUAUAAGUUCGCAUAUGAAACCAGUGACGGUGUUUCGCGAUCAGAAGAAGCCGAACUUAAGAAUCCCGGAACUGAACAAGAAGCCCUCUCUGUCCGAGGAACAAUCACGUGGAUUGCUGCUGAUGGUGUCCAAUACACAUUGAACUACAUUGCUGAUGAAAAUGGCUUCCAACCACAAGGCGAUCAUUUGCCAAAGGUUUAAAUGUUGUGGAUUGUAUAGAAUAAAUAAAAGGUCACCAAAGCGCUAAAUAA